AUGGAAGCAGCAGCAGAAUCGUUGCCGAAUUUGGAGUGCUAUCGUCACAAAUGGGUGAGAUGUCUCGGUAUCCAGAAUAAACCGGGUAUUCCGCUUGAAAAAAUCUCAAAAUAUGGAAAUGCGCAAAUUCGAUUGGCCUGCCAAAAAUUCCUGGAAUGCCACAGUUCAUCGCGGUUGCCAGAUGGUGACGUGGAAGCAGUACUGGCGUUAUUCUGUGAGCGUGAAGGAUGUGCGUUCAGCGAAAGCUAUUUGAGUAUCCUGGCGGUGCUGAUGCCUUUACGUUGCACGUUGGACGAACUCUACAACAUGUUCUAUGCAAUUUGCACCAAAUUCGUACCCAGGGACACAUCAAAGGGCGCCGUGUGUUAUCAGCUGAUGCACCUGAUCCUGCAGUACCACGAUCCGUCGCUCAGUUCCCAUCUCGAAUCGCAUAAAGUUACACCAUUCGAAUAUGCGCAGCCUUUCUUUGCCACCCUUUUUGCAACCGAAAUCCCAAAGGAAUCGUUGUAUCUGGUUUGGGAUAAACUAUUCCAGAAAGUAAGUAUUUUGAUUUUUAUGCGUUUUUUGCAGCUAUGCAAUGCAUAA